AUGGCCAACACUCACAAUCGCAGCUUGGAAGUCACCAUCAUCUCCGGCGAAGACCUCCGCAUCAACGACAGGCCCAUCAAGAACAACGCCUUCGUCACCGUCAAGGCUGACUCUUGCUGCUCGCCAUCAUCGCAGGACUCGACUAAACCAGACGCGCAGGGCGAGAGCUACCCUUACUGGGAUGGGAAGCUCCGCGUCGAAUUGCCAGCAGGUUCGCGCUACAUCGUCGUUGAGGUCUGCCGAAGGAGCUUCUCCACCGGAGACAAGCUAGUCGGUACAGCAUGGAUUCCGGUGUCAGACUUCAUCGGAGACUACACGCCGGAGAAUUACUUGCAUUUCUUGAGUUACCGGCUGAGAGACGCCAAAGGGCUGCGCAACGGGAUCAUCAAUAUCUCAGUGAGGGUCGUGUCGUCGUCGUAUAAAGGGACUUCGUCCUGUUCGUCGCGUCCGCCACCGUUGGUGCCGGGGUUCAGGAUGCCAGCGGAUCGGGAGAACCAUGGCGGGACGGUGACCGGUGUGCCGGCUUGGUAUCCCAAUCAAUGGAAAGCUUGA